AUGUUCAGACUAGGGUGUGGCGAAAAACUUCAUCGGCCCAUAUACAUAACAUUUACACUGCUUUCUCUUUUCUCCACAUUUUCACCCUUACAUUACAACUCCAUCUCUUCAUUCUUUCUUUCUCUUUUCUCUCUUUUCUUUUCAUUCCCCUAUUUCUCUUCCGUUCUCCCGUCUCCCUCUCACUCUGUAUCUCUUUCUUAUCCUCUCGUGCCCGCUUCCUCUGCUAAAUACGGGUCUUUUCGUUCUCCUUCUCUCUCAGGCUUUUCUUUUUUUUUACUCUCCAUCUCUCUCUCUCUCUAUCUAUCUAUCUUAAACUCGACCUUUCUCUCUACACAUAUUCUUAAUCGUUCUUUCUUCUUUACUCUCCAUCUCCUUCUCUCUCUCUCUCUCUCUCUCUCUCUCUCUCUCUCUCUCUUUAUCUCGACCUUUCUCGUCUUCUUCCUCUUUCCCUCUCUAUCUGGAACACCUAAAAUCCUUCUCUUUCUUUCUUUCUUUCUUUCUUUCUUUCUUCUUAGCCCAUACAUAUUCUUAAUCGUUCUUUCUCUUUUACUCUCCAUCUCCUUCUUUCUCUCUCUCUAUCUCUUUUGCUUGAACAUAGACAAUCUAUCUUUCUUUCUCUCUCCCUCUCUCUUAAAUAUACGCAUCCUCUCUUCAUUUUUCAUUCUCACUGAAUGUCUUCAUCUUCCCCAUUUAGAAAACACUCAGACAGCCUCUCAACAAACGGCAUAA